AUGUUUAUGUUUAAGAAAAAGGAUAUAGACAAACCCAAAGCGCGAUCAGAUAAAAAACUAAAUCCAGGCUCAAAUGCACAAAAUGGUUUAGAAACAAAAUUAGAUAAAAAAACACCUAAAGAUUCUGAAAAUGGUUCAAAAUAUAAGAAAUUUUUUAAUAUUAAAAAAUUAAAAAUAUUUUCUAGAUUUAAAAAUAAAGAUGUACCAAAAGGUAAUAAUACAAUAAAUGUGAAUAGUAAUAAACAAAGUAAUAGUACACAUGCAAACAAAUUAAAUAGCAAUAAAAAUGCAUCAUUUAUUGAAGAAGAGUCUAUCCCUUAUAUAUUGCAAAGGGAUAUUUCAUUUGUACAAGGAAGUCCAGUCAGUAAAUCAAGCACAAAAAGUGAGAAAUCAAAAAGUGCAAUUUUAAAAAAUACGAAACCAAAAAGUGAAGGUUUAAAAGGUGAAAAAUCAAAAAGUGAUGGUUUAAAAAGUGGAAAAUCUGAAAGCAUCCUCUCAAAACCAUCCCUGUCUUUAAAUUUAAAUUUAGAUAAAAUGUCUUCGUCAAAUGACAAAAUAGAAACUCAACCAAAGGAAGAAAAAGAUGUAAUAUUAAAUUCGUUGGAUUCAAAAAAUUCAAAAAUAAAUAGCAAAGAAUUAUAUAAAAAUGAAAAAAAUAAAAAUUCUACAAUUAAGGAAAAAUUAACCUUAAAAAAAAUAUUUAAAUCACCAUUUAAUAAUACAAGUAAAAACGCGCCAGAAAAUAAUGAUGCAAAUGAAAUAACAGAUUUAAAAGAAAAAUUUAAGCAUGCAAAAAGUAUAUUUGAUAAAAAAAUAGCCUCAAAAAAAUCUAUUAAUAGUUCAUCUAGUAAAAGCAACGAGGAUCAUAGCGAAAAUGGGAUAAUUAAAAAAAAUGAAAUCUUUAAUUUUUUAAAUAAAAAAAAAAAUGAAAAAAAUAAGAAUUUUUUUAUGAAAAAAAAAGCAGGUUUUAAUAAAAACGAUCCAAAAUUUACCAUAAAAAAAAAAGGUAGUAAUAAUGCAAAUUUAUUAAAUAGAGAACCAAGCACAAACAGUAUACAACAUUCCACAUCAACAAUUAUGAUUUCUGGGAUAAAGGAAAAGAAAAAUGCCCUUAUAGAAAGAGCUAAUAAAAUUGAAAAUAAUCAAUUUAAAAUAUCCAGGGAUUUAAAUAAUACAAAUGAUGACUUAUAUGUAGGGAACUGUGAUACUAACCACAUUGUAAACAAACAAAUAUUGUUCAACGUCGAUCCGCCUUUACUUUUUAUUGAGAAUUCAUUCGCUUUAUGUCCUAUGAUGCCUAUUGGUGACUUAAUUGAAAUGAUAUAUUCUAUUUGUGAAAAAAAUAAAGAUGAAUCAAUUAAAAAGCUGAAUGAUUGCAAAGAAAACAAUCAAAAGAUAUCGAGUACUUUAAUGCUUGGCCUAAGUGCAUUGGACGGAGAAGAUGAAUCAGUUAUUUCUAAUUUGAACAAACGAAGUGAAUUGCAAAAGCAAAAUUUAAAGGAAGCAUGUGACAUUGUGGAAUCAAUAAGAUGA